AUGGCGGACACGGUUCACACUUUCACUGGUGUCUGGCACAACUGGUCUCAUGGUGCCGUCCGUGGAGCCACGUUGACCCUGAGUCAGAAGGACGCUGGAUAUCUAACUGCGUUCUUGGCCAUCUUUGUCUCCUUCGCUGGAGGCAUGUUCUGGAGGAUCACCGGUUUUGCCCUCCACCAGGUAUGGGCUACAAACCCAGCUCAGCGUCAUGACAUCCUGCAUUAUCGACGCCAAGUCAUCCUGCGCAACAGCAGCACUGGCGCUGCGUCUUGGUCCCUCCUGAUGUUGGGGUUUGGCCGCCAUGGAAGCAUCCUACGCUCCCUCCCUGUUGCAAUGAUUCCCGCUGGCAUUCUUCUCCUCUUUGGCGUCUCGGGUAUUUUCACCUCCUACGUUACCAAGUUCCCCGGAAACGCCACCAUCAUCAUUGGCCCUCACUGCGGAAACGUUCUGAUGUCGAACCUGACGCCGAGCGCCCUUGGAUUGAGGAUCAUGAAUGGCAAGAACAUGGCGGAUUCGCAUGACGCUGCAACUUAUGUGACUCAGUGCUACCAAGGCGCCUCAUCACUGGGUUGCGGCCAGUACGUCCGCAAUAGUCUUCCAUUCAACAGGAAUCAGAAUGCCUCGUGUCCAUUUGCUUCAGGAAUAUGCGCCUACAAUGAUCACUCAGCCCUGGAAUUAGACACUGGCUUGCUGGAUUCACACUUCGACUUUGGCAUCAAUGAGCGGCCCCAAGAUCGUAUCAAGUUUCGACGAGUUGCCACCUGCGCGCCUAUCCACAGCAAACCAUUUGCAGUAACGGCAAACGAUUCAUCAUUGGGUACAAUUGACUAUAUCUAUGCGGGACCGGUGCCAGCAGCGGGCACAAAUUACUCAUUCCAUUCCCUGGUCGCUCCGUCUGGUCUCUCCGAGAAGUUAGCUGCUGGAUACUGGAACCCCGAUCCGAGGUUGAAUCAGACCGAUGCAGACAUCACAUUGAUGAUGCUUGCCGCAAAUAGCAUAUGGUACAACACUCCCGUUGACGACCCGUGGCUGUCUGCCCAUAUCAAGGAAACCAUGGAUGGCUUGACCUUGUAUACUUCAGAUUACUACGUGACUCUGCUCGGGUGCACCGAUCAGUACCAAGUAUGCAACCCCAACAUUGACGGAGAAUCAGGUUGCACCGUGCUCGGGGGUGCAAUGUCUUGUUGGAAUGAUGUGGUGGACCGUAACGGACUGGGUUUCAACCCGAUACAACUAAACACGAUAACGAGGUUCCUAGCCACGGCUACUCGUCGGAAUAUACAGUCUGUAGUGGACGGUCGGGGAGCGAGUGCUUUACAAGUGUCCCAGCUGGCGUACAACAACAUCAUAUAUAGCCUCCCUGUAAGCCAAUGGCAACUUGAAGUUGAAGGCUGGUUUAACAAUUCGCUCGCCAAAGAGCAAGCUUGGGCCGUCGAAUGGGCUACUACUCCGAGGAACUACCAGCCAAACCCACCUGGUGAUCCAGUUUGGCUAUACGACCCGCCGAAUGAUCUUGUUGGCCUCACCUUAUGCGGCAGCCAGCUUGCUCGAAACAUGGGUGAUUAUGAGAGCUUCUCUAUUCUAGGACUCUCACUCAUAAUUGGUCUUGGUGGCAUUAUCAUCCUGGUUGGAUUUACCAUCGACUCUGUUGUGGGCUGGUUGCGGUCACCCAAGGGAAAAUACAAGGCAGACCAGUGGCAGAAGGAAGAAAAUAUACAAUUACACAAGGCUGCCUACAAGGGAUUUGGGAUAUGGCAUGAGGAUGGAUUGGACUUGCCUCCCAGCACUGCUCUGUAGGGCUUCAGCUCGAGAGAAACAGUUUACCGGGGAAGAGAUCGAAAAGCACUGCGCUGAGGAUAAUUGCGGGAUUAUUAUCAAUGAUAAAGUAUAUGAUGCUAUAGGCGUUUUGAGCUGGCAUCCUGGAGGUAAAGAUGCCAACAUGAGCAAAGAUGAAACGAAGCGCAAAACGACAUACUGAUACGCGCCGAAUGAGACACAUUUGCUCAAGACUACCUGGAUCAGAUCCAGAUUACGCAUGUGCUGUCUAAGGCAGGGGAAGCCUGGAAGGGCGAAAGAGGACCCAUUGACCAGAGAAUUCUUCGCCAGUACGCAUUUGAGCCGGGGGAAUGUGUUGCUCUUCUGUGCUUCUGUGUGGACCCCCAGGAAUGACCAAAGGGGCAGUGCGAGCCAUGAAUGGAUAU